UCCAAGCCCCCGGGUUCCGGCGGCGGGCAAAGCGAAAGUAGUCUCGGCGCGCGCCGGAUCGAACGCCACGGCGCGCACCUGCCUGGGAUACGCCGACGCUCGAGCGCGCAGACCCGGGAAUGCGCGUCAGGUGAGCGCGUCGCGUGUGUGGCCUGCACCGCGGGCCCGCCGUCCAUCUGCACCACAGCGGCCGCACUCGCUUUGCGAAGAUCGCCGGCGGAUCGCGGAGUGCGUACCGCGAGAGAAAGGCCGUGAAGGCGUCGGCAGCAUGUGGUUUCGGCGGCCUUCGCAAGUGCUGUGCCCUUUGCGGGCGGCGGCCACCUGUUCCACGGCGCCGGCCUGAGCCCCGGUCGUCUUUGAUGCGCAAACAAGCUUCGACACACUCGGCAACAAAGGGUUGGGAAUGUGCCAGCUCGUCGACGAUCGGGGAUUAGGAGGAGACCAGAAGCCAAAGCCAACAUGCAACAUUGGAACAGCAACUGUUUGGUGACUCCUUCGACCUGCUACGCAUAUUCUGGAGGUGUCGUCCACUUGCCAUUGAGGAGGACUGGGCGACUUCGUUCCCCGAUGGACGGCGCGAGUGGCUCCAACUGGACGGACGUCGGCGACCACGAAGCGGGCGGUCCGUUCUCGUCGGCCGCGGUGACGGCGUCGGUGUCGGGCUCGUCGCUGUCGACCAGCUCGACGCCGUCGCCGUACCUGUACCACGGCGGCCGCGUGCUCUACACCACGUCCACCCUGUCGCCCGAGGCGGCCCGGUCGCAGUACUACGCCGCUUACGACCCCAUGACGGGGCUUCGCAUCGCAGCCACCCUCGGUGCCAUCAUCACGCUCUUCACACUUUUCCUCAUCUACAAGAGCAAGUGCCGGCCUGCCAAGCCCACGGAGCCACAGGAAGGCGUCUAGCAGGCGAUAACUGGAGAGGUGGAAGGAGGGGGUAGCCCAUGUGGUCACCGCCCCACGGGCACACACCUGCAGAGUAAUAACGCUCACGUACCGGGUCCCUUCAGAGUACUUCGCACCAAUAAGCGCGCGUUACAGUCGACUGCACAUUUUUUUUUUUUUAGAACGCCAAAAGCUCUCAAGAGUGAGUCGCACUUCACGACACCUGAGCCCGGUAAGCUCAAUGAGCUCCUUAAUGCAUCACGAAUGCACCACGGCUACGAAUGAACCCUGGUCACACCAGAAAAUUCUGGGAGGACCUGGCGAAUCCGGUACCUGCUAGGUUACGCGGUAGAACUACAUGAAAAAUCAUGCCCUUUCUUGUUCCGAUACAGAAGUAAGAGUUGGGUCUCACCUAACUAUUCUUUUUGAUCGCGAGUUUUCCUGAACACGUAACCGAGACUUUUCUUUUUUAUUCCUUUUGUUUAACGAACCUUACGCGAACAGUGGAGUCAUCUGUGCCCUAAAUACAUAGCCGACGUGCUGGAUACGUCUUUCUUCUCUUAAUUUCUCCUUUUGCUCGGCCUUACGAAACUCACAGACAUACGUUCAUCCCUGGAGCGCGCUCGCAGUUUAUAGACAUUCAGGCGUGCCGCCCUGCGUAUUAGCAGCAUAACGUGUGCGAAAAUUCUGCGGAGGAUCCAAAAGGUAAAAUUAUGCAAGUAGUUUUGUAACCAGGUACUGACUCGGACCUCUGAAGAGCGCAAGCUUCGGGUUCGGCUAAUGUAAGAUCCUGAAAGAAUGCUUAUUUUUGCUCGCAAACUUAUCUCUGCUAAGAGCAAAGAGCAGAAAUCCUGCGGAGCUCCGCGCUCACCCAGCAAACAAUGUGGCCAGUCUUUAUAACUGGUGCCGAGCGCACGUGUUUAAGAUUGGCAGCACUUUUUUUUAUUUGUUUCAUGUAUCUCUUUAUAAAUGUUAUUGUCAUAAAGAAGGUCCUCAUUCCAUUGGCGUAGAUGGACAACCUUUGAUUCUUGCUGUUGUUAAGACACCAUUUGUGCCACCUAUUUGGCCACACAUGACAGACCUGCGCAUGUUUCCAGCUGGUUCGUCGAACACUGAGACAGGCUCCGCCUAUGCGCCGCUAUCCGAAUUACAAAAUGUUGCCUCAAGUAGAAGCUUAGCGUCGUUUUUAAUUUAUACAUCAAGCCAGGUUUUGUUUGUGUGCCCACAUUCAAGCAGCGAAUUUCAUGGAGGAAAAGUCGGAGGCAGUGACUAGAUGCUACCAGUUCGGGACAAGGGUUCACAGUCCAUGCGUGACGUGGAAAACCUAUAAUUUACUCGCAGCGUAAGCAGACACUGGGUGCAAUGUACACUGAAUCCUGCGGUGAUUAUUUCAGUCUUACACAAUGUGCCACGGCCUCAAGGUGAACUACUUUUCACAGCAGUUGCAAUUGGCCGUCUAAGUUUUGCGUACACCCACUCACAAAGGUUUUCGGAACAAGAAAACUAGAACGAAAUUCAAGUACUACGCAGCUGACGCGUGUAUCCCGGAUCUGUGGCGUGCUUCACGAACUCGAGUCUGGCACAUGUGCCGUGUACCUCUUGUCCUGAGUGUACGCUUAGGCUGUGAAACAUUUAGGCCGCUCCGCAUGGUUUAUGCAUUGUGAACGCUCUUGUGGGCAGAUUCGCACCUCUGGGCUAUGGGUAUCGAGCUCAAGCCAUCAUGGCAGUCAGUCUAUGCUAAUUAAGGCGUGACUUGAGUUUUUACAUCACAUGGCAGAUGCAGAAUUGUCGUUGUCUGCAGGUACAAUGCUCAAUAGCCUGCAUAAUGUGCGUUAUAUUCUUUAUUUGCAUAGCAGUAGUCGUCGAAGAUCGGAGCUUGUGUUAAAAGCUCGGUUGAAUUCAUCUAUAAGGGUCUCCCAGCUGUGCGAAGAUUUUAUGUGCCUAUUGUCUACAGCUCUGGUCUUCUGUCUGCCAUUUUUCAAACCAAUGCGGCUCUGAAUGGUUUGUCAAAACAUAGCUGGUGGUUCCUUUCACGAAGCGAGGGCGUCUAAAGCCCAUGUGCUAAUUAAUUCUGCGCGAGUCUUCCUGGAUUAUUUAGUGCAAAAGAAAGUAAUAAUUAAGGAAAACUAGCUUGUUCUCAUUGGUUGUUAUUCGAAACUUUCAGGUAUAUACGUUGUUCAAGAACCA